GUCCCGGCCCCGCCAAUGCGGCCCGCGGCCGGGUGAGGCGGCGCGGCCGAGCGCUCGCCCGCGCCCUCUCGAAAGAUGUCCUCGCAGGGCAAGUCCAAGAAGGACAAAGAGAUCAUCGCGGAGUACGAUGCGCAAGUGAAGGAGAUCCGCACACAGCUGGUGGAGCAGUUCAAAUGCCUGGAGCAGCAGUCGGAGUCGCGCCUGCAGCUGCUACAGGACCUGCAGGAGUUCUUCCGCAGGAAGGCCGAGAUCGAGCUGGAGUAUUCCCGCAGCCUGGAGAAGCUGGCCGAGCGCUUCUCCUCCAAGAUCCGCGGCUCCCGUGAGCACCAGUUCAAGAAGGAUCAGCACCUCCUCUCCCCGGUGAACUGCUGGUACCUGGUCCUGACGCAGACCCGCCGGGAGAGCCGGGAUCAUGCAACUCUGAACGACAUCUUCACAAACAACGUCAUCGUGCGGCUGUCGCAGAUCAGCGAGGAUGUCAUCAGGCUCUUUAAGAAGAGUAAAGAAAUUGGCUUACAGAUGCAUGAAGAACUCCUGAAAGUUACCAAUGAGCUGUACACGGUGAUGAAGACCUACCACAUGUAUCACGCAGAAAGCAUCAGUGCUGAGAGCAAGCUGAAGGAGGCAGAGAAGCAGGAGGAAAAGCAGUUCAACAAGUCAGGGGAUGUGAGCGUGAACCUUCUGCGGCACGAGGAGAGGCCACAGCGGCGGAGCUCCGUCAAGAAGAUUGAGAAGAUGAAGGAGAAGAGACAAGCCAAAUACUCUGAGAACAAGCUGAAGUGUACUAAAGCCAGGAAUGACUACCUGCUGAACCUGGCAGCCACCAACGCAGCUGUCAGUAAAUACUAUAUCCACGAUGUCUCUGACCUCAUUGAUUGCUGUGACCUGGGGUUCCAUGCCAGCCUUGCACGGACCUUCCGGACAUACCUGUCUGCUGAGUACAACCUGGAGACCUCCCGCCACGAGGGCCUGGACAUCAUUGAGAAUGCUGUGGACAACCUGGAUGCUCGGAGCGACAAGCACACCAUCAUGGACAUGUGCAAUCAGGUCUUCUGCCCUCCACUGAAGUUCGAGUUCCAGCCCCACAUGGGGGAUGAGGUGUGCCAAGUCAGCGCCCAGCAGCCUGUGCAGACUGAGCUGCUGAUGCGGUACCACCAGCUGCAGUCCCGCCUGGCCACCCUCAAGAUAGAGAACGAAGAGGUACGAAAAACUCUGGAUGCCACAAUGCAGACUUUGCAGGACAUGCUGACAGUGGAAGAUUUUGAUGUUUCAGAUGCCUUCCAGCACAGUCGCUCCACUGAGUCGGUCAAAUCAGCUGCUUCAGAGACCUACAUGAGCAAAAUAAACAUUGCCAAGAGGAGAGCCAACCAACAGGAGACUGAGAUGUUCUAUUUUACAAAAUUUAAAGAGUAUUUGAAUGGCAGUAACCUUAUCACAAAGCUCCAGGCUAAGCACGACUUGCUGAAGCAGACUCUUGGGGAAGGUGAAAGAGCCGAAUGUGGAACAACCAGGCCCCCAUGUCUUCCCCCUAAGCCACAGAAAAUGAGGAGACCUAGGCCUCUCUCAGUCUAUAAUCAUAAACUCUUUAACGGCAAUAUGGAAACGUUCAUUAAGGAUUCAGGACAGGCCAUUCCGCUUGUAGUAGAAAGCUGCAUUCGUUACAUCAAUUUGUAUGGCCUUCAGCAGCAGGGUAUUUUCCGAGUUCCUGGCUCACAGGUGGAAGUCAAUGACAUCAAGAAUUCCUUUGAGCGAGGUGAAGAUCCCCUUGCUGAUGAUCAAAAUGAACGUGACAUUAACUCAGUGGCUGGAGUCUUGAAGCUGUAUUUCCGAGGACUGGAAAACCCCCUCUUUCCUAAGGAAAGGUUUCAAGAUUUGGUAUCUACUAUAAAAACUGAGAAUCCCACCGAGAGGGUGCACCAGAUCCAGCAAAUCAUCGUCACUCUGCCCCGGGCUGUCAUCGUUGUCAUGAGAUAUCUGUUUGCUUUCCUCAAUCACUUGUCACAGUACAGCGAUGAGAACAUGAUGGAUCCCUACAACCUGGCCAUCUGCUUUGGGCCCACUCUGAUGCACAUUCCAGAUGGGCAGGAUCCGGUGUCCUGUCAAGCCCAUGUCAAUGAGGUCAUCAAAACCAUCAUCAUCAACCAUGAGGGCAUCUUCCCCAGCCACAGAGAGCUGGAAGGACCUGUCUAUGAGAAGUGCAUGACUGGAGGGGAGGAGUACUGCGACAGCCCUCACAGUGAGCCAGGCACCAUUGAUGAAGUUGACCACGACAACGGCACGGAGCCACACACCAGUGAUGAUGAAGUAGAGCAGAUUGAAGCCAUAGCAAAGUUUGACUACGUUGGACGGUCUCCACGAGAGCUGUCCUUUAAGAAAGGGGCCUCGCUCCUCCUGUACCAUCGGGCAUCAGAAGAUUGGUGGGAAGGGAGACACAAUGGUGUGGAUGGUCUCAUACCCCACCAGUACAUUGUGGUGCAAGACAUGGAUGAUGCCUUCUCCGACAGCCUGAGCCAGAAGGCGGACAGCGAGGCGAGCAGCGGCCCGCUGCUGGAUGACAAGGCCUCCUCCAAGAACGACAUCCAGUCCCCAACGGAUCACCUCGUGGACUACGGCUUUGGCGGAGUCAUGGGCCGAGUGAGAUUGAGGUCUGACGGCGCAGCUAUCCCUCGCCGUCGAAGCGGGGGGGACACCCACAGCCCACCCCGGGGGCUGGGUCCUGGCAUAGACACUCCUCCUCGAGCGGCCGCCUGCCCUAGCAGCCCCCACAAAAUUCCUCUAAGCAGAGGCAGGAUUGAGAGCCCCGAAAAGCGCAGGAUGGCGACAUUCGGCAGUGCAGGGAGCAUCAAUUUCCCAGACAGGAAGGCCUUGUCUGACGGCCACCCGCUGCGAUCGACCUGUGGAUCCACCAGGCACAGUAGUCUUGGAGAUCAGAAAUCUCUAGAAGCAGAAGCGCUUGCUGAGGACAUCGAGAAGACCAUGAGCACGGCGCUGAACGAGCUGCGGGAGCUGGAGCGGCAGAACACGGCCAAGCAGGCUCCCGACGUGGUGCUGGACACGCUGGAGCUCCUGAAGAACCCCCCGCUGGGCGCCGCCAACUCGGAGCCCGCCAGCCCCCUGCACACCAUCCUCAUCCGGGACCCCGAUGCCGCCAUGCGGCGCAGCAGCAGCUCCACCGCCGAGAUGAUGACCACCUUCAAACCGGCACUGUCGGCCCGGCUGGCCGGGGCGCAGCUGCGGCCCCCACCCAUGCGCCCGGCGCGUCCCGCGGUGCAGCACCGCUCCAGCAGCAGCAGCAGCUCGGGGGUGGGCAGCCCCGCCAUCACCCCCACCGAGAAGCUGUUCCCCAGCGGCGCAGACAAGUCGGGCACCAUGUAGCCGGGCGGCAGUGCUGUGCCCAGGAGGAGCCCCCGGGGAGCGCCGCCGGUGCUCCCGCAGCCGUACGUGUGUGGGUGUGCAACGUGGGCCCCGUCUGGCUGGAACGCUCCCUGGGCUCACAGCCGUGUGGCAGAGGGGGACAGCAGAUCUGUGUGUCAUCACUGGAGAAUACACGUUAUAUGUAGAAGUAUAUAUUAAAAGAAGUGUACAGAAUUUGGUGACUUUUUUACAGAAGUAGAUUUACCUCAGAAACUGGCUCUGAAAUAUCCUUGCCAGACACGCUGGGUUGGUUUUGUCAUUGCUUCCCAGCUCUGUGUGUGCGGCCGUCCAUCGCAGCUGUGUGCCCAGCAAUCGGAGGCUGCUCCUGGGAGCUGUGCUGCACCCCGUGCUGAUGGGGAAGCAGACGGGGCGGCUCGGCGGGCUCUGCUGGCACAGCCGGGUGCAGCGCAGGCCCUGGGCUGGGGCUGCAGCAGCAGCAGCAGAUAAGAACUGGCACCAAACCCGUGAUGAAGCGUACAUAGAGAACUUACACAGCCUGAGAUGAUGCUUUUCCCUUUCCUCAUAACAUUUUUUUUUUUAGUUCUACCUAUCGAUAUCUCAACGAAUGGGGCUGAAGGCGAGGGGCUCCGGGGCAGCGGCUCCUGGGCAGUUGCACAGCAGUACGGGAGGGUCUUGAUUCAGAUUGUGUCUUCUUGCAUGCGAAGCAUGAGCCAUAUUUGACCAUAUCAGAUGUAUAGCCGAUCUGAUGGGGCGAUAUUUUGCACUUUCUGUACUAUAUAAUGCAGCGGUUGGAUUUUAUGCAAAGAAAUUGACAUUUUGUUUUUCCUCGGAACAUUUAACCCAGAGAAGAAAACGUGCAGGGAGAGCUGGGGUUGCAUGGUGUUGUGUCUGAUAGCCACGUCUGUGUAGCGCUGAGUCCAGGGCGCUCCGUGCUUCUCCUGCAGCCUCCCUCCCUGUGCGGGUUUCCGCCCGGUGACCCCUGCUGUAAUUCAGCCCCAUCCCCGCCAUCGCUCCCAGAGCAGUGCCUGACUGCCGGCCCGCAGCCCCCCCUCAGCCCCCAUGCGGGGCAGCAGCACGGCGGGCUGUGGGCCCCCCCGCUCUUUGUCGCUGUAUUUGCUUCAGUGCUGGGAAGUAACUGUUUAAGUGUAAGCUGUACAAAAAUAGGGUAAGAUUAGAUGAAAGCCAACGCCGCUCUCCGGGUCUUUGCACUUAGUAGGUAGCUCAGUGUACAAAUAAAAAUAACGUCAAAAAAAGAAACAAAAGCAGCAGCCUAACCUUCGGUGUACAUAGUGGGGGAGGUUCUGUGCGUAGUGGUUCUGUCGUUGUUCCUCGGUAUAGCGCUGUAAGGGGAAUGGUGUUGACGUCCUUGUCUGUUACAUAGGUGACGUUUGUAAUGACCGCCAUUAGUUCCUAUGGGUGUUGAUUUUUCUCCGCGGUCGUUCCCUCCCACCCGUGCGGAUGCCCGGCGGUGCGGUUGGGCCCCGCGGCCGCGCUGUGCGGGAGGGGCUGUGCGGGAGGGGCUGUGCGGGAGGGGCUGUGCGGGAGGGGCCCGCAGCGCUCGGAGCUGUGCAGCCCCCGCCGGCCGCGCCUCCGUGCGGCUCCCGCAGAACAUCCACUUCGCUCUUCUGGAUUCUUCCUUUGGUUCUUUGUAUACUUUCAGCGACGAGUUGAGAGCAAACCGCGCUCGUUGGCUUUGGUUUCUUUCCUGCCUUUGGAAGAUGCGGUACAAAUGCCAGUGUUUUUCUAUUAAAUUAUUGCCUUUGGUUUUCUUCUGUUUUGUUGUGGGUUUUCAAUGCAAUUGUUUUCUUAACUUUAAGUGCCUUUUUGAGCACCGGAACAAAUGCUUGGAAUGGAUGUCCUCGGAGCCGCGUCCCCAUCUCCUCUGUACAGUUUGGCCGUGCUGUGGCUGAUGGAUUGCUUUCCAAGUACUGCCGAUGAGUUAAUUUUUUUAACGAAAGGAAGCCGAGCCGUUCUGUUGAAGAGUGAGCAGCCCCUUUUUCGUACGGUAUUCCAAUCGUAGUUUUAACUACUGUAAAUUUAGGGAGGAAAUGUAUUUUUCUGUAACUUGGCGCAGAAUUUAACCACGUGGUGGGAGUAUCAUAACCGGAACCCGCUCACGUUCCGUGAGUGACUGUCCUGCUCCUCGGUACCUCCUCCGAGGCUCGAGGACCGUAGGCUCACUCAGCGCCGGGGCAGUUGGCCGCAUCCUGCAGGCGGUGCGGGCCGGGGGGCCGUUCCUGCUGAGCGCCGGGCGCGGCCUGCGGGAGGUGGGGCCGCCCUCGAGAGGUUCUCUGCCGUGCAGAGCCGGUGCCGCCCCGGCGCCUGCAGCCCCCGGCGCUGAGCCCGUCCCAGGGCCGCGGCCGGCCGAGCGAGCAGCGCUAUGGGAUGCCCUCGGCCCGGCCGUGGGGCAGCGAUGGCCACGCGUCUCCCGUCCUGCGGCGCCCCUCUGCUAAUGCCGGACUGCGUUCCGAACGGCAGCGCUGUGGUUUUCGCGGUGCGGCACCGGCCGUCCCGAGGCUGAGGGGCUCCCGGCGCCGGGCUGCGUGCUGUGCUGCGCUUCGGUUCCGUCAGGAAACCUCAGGAACUGCUGCGGGCCGUCCCUCGUCGCGGUCGUUGUCCUCCCCGUGGGUGUUGUCUCUGUAACGUAUGGUGCGAUGCCGUCAGCUAGAGCGGUUGGGUCCUCUGUCCUGUGCGCUGAUGAUGCCAUGUAGAUGGAGCCACUGCUUGGAGGUGGGCUCGUCCUGUUGAAUAAAACUGCUUAAAUUUUCUCAGAA